UUGUGUUUUGGUAUCUGCAAUAUCAGAAAUGGUUUCCAUGUCUCUUAAUUCACUAAAACAAAUAAUGCGUGCGAUGAUGGAUAGUUCUGGUUUUGACCGGGUUUUAAGCAAGGUUGAAAUCGUGUCUGCAGCACCUGGUAAAGUUGUGUGUGAGAUGAAGGUUGAGGAGGAGCACACAAACAGAGGAGGCACGCUUCACGGAGGAAUGACAGCCACACUGGUGGACGUCAUCUCCACUUCUGCUAUUAUGUACAGUGAGAGGGGAGCACCGGGAGUCAGUGUCGACAUGAAUAUAACAUACAUGAAUGCAGCUAAAAUUGGAGAAGACGUAUUAAUCACUGCUCAGGUUUUAAAACAAGGAAAGACUUUGGCUUUUGCAACAGUAGAUCUCACAAACAAGGCAAAUGGAAAAAUGAUUGCUCAAGGAAGACACACCAAGCACCUUGGUGGUUAAAUUUGUACAUGUAUGUCCAUGUUACUUUCCAUUGCAUUGUAUAUAAUCAA